AUGUUACACUACACAAAAUUCCAUCCCCUUCUCCCUCCUUCCAUCCCCUUCUCCCCGAUUCCAUCCCCUUCUCCCAGAUUCCAUCCCUUCUCCCAGAUUCCAUCCCCUUCUUCCAGAUUUCAUCCCCUUCUCCGUGAUUCCAUCCCCUUCUCCCAUAUUCCAUCCCCUUCUCCUAUAUUCCAUCCCCUUCUCCCAGAUUCCACCCCCUUCUCCCAGAUUCCAUCCCCUUCUCCCAGAUUCCAUCACUUUCUCCCAGAUUCUAUCCCCUUCUCCCAGAUUCCAUCCCCUUCUCCCAGAUUCCAUCCCCUUCUCCCAGAUUCCAUCCCCUUCUCCCAGAAUUCCACCCCCUUCUCCCAGAUUCCAUCCCCUUCUCCCAGAUUCCAUCCCCUUCUCCCUGAUUCCAUCCCCUUCUCCUUGAUUCCAUCCCCUUCUCCCAGAGUUCAUCCCCUUCUCCCAAAUUCCACCCCCUUCUCCCAGAUUCCAUCCCCUUCUCCCAUAUUCCAUCCCCUUCUCCAAGAUUCCAUCCCCUUCUCCCAGAUUCCAUCCCCUUCUCCCAGAUUCCAUCCCCUUCUCCCGGAUUCCAUCCCCUUCUCCCAGAUUCCAUCCCCUUCUCCCGGAUUCCAUCCCCUUCUCCCUGAUUCCACCCCCUUCUCCCAGAUUCCAUCCCCUUCUCCCGGACUCCAUCCCCUUCUCCCUGAUUCCUUCCCCUUCUCCCAAAUUCCAUCCCCUUCUCCCAAAUUCCAUCCCCUUCUCCCAUAUUCCAUUCCAUCCCCUUUUCCCAAAUUCCAUCCCCUUCUCCCAGAUUCCAUCCCCUUCUCCAGAUUCCAUCCCCUUCUCCCAAAUUCUAUCCCCUUCUCCCUAAUUUCAUCCCUUCUCCCUGAUUCCAUCCCCUUCUCCCUGAUCCCAUCCCCUUCUCCCAGAUUCUAUCCCCUUCUCCCAGAUUCCAUCCCCUUCUCCCAGAUUCCACCCCCUUCUCCCAGAUUCCAUCCCCUUCUCCCAGAUUCCAUCCCCUUCUCUCAGAUUCCAUCCCCUUCUCCCAGAUUCCAUCCCCUUCUCCUAGAUUCCAUCCCCUUCUCCCAGAUUCCAUCCCCUUCACCCAGAUUCCAUCCCCUUCUCCCAGAUUCCAUCCCCUUCUCCCUCAUUCCAUCCCGUUCUCCCAGAUUCCAUCCCCUUCUCCCAGAUUCCUUCCCCAUCUCCCAGAUUCCAUCCCCUUCUCCCAGAUUCCAUCCCCUUCUCCCUCAUUCCAUCCCCUUCUCCCAGAUUCCAUCCCCUUCUCCCAGAUUCCUUCCCCAUCUCCCAGAUUCCAUCCCCUUCUCCCAGAUUCCAUCCCCUUCCCCUAGAUUCCAUCCCCUUCUCCCUGAUUGCAUCCCCUUCUCCCAGAUUCCAUCCCCUUCUCCUAAAUUCCAUCCCCUUCUCCCAGAUUCCAUCCCCUUCUACCCGAUUCCAUCCCCUUCUCCCUCAUUCCAUCCCCUUCUCUCAGAUUCCAUCCCCUUCUCCCAGAUUCCAUCCCAAUCUCCUAGAUUCCAUCCCCUUCUCCCAGAUUCCAUCCCCUUCACCCAGAUUCCAUCCCCUUCUCCCAGAUUCCAUCCCCUUCUCCCUAAUUCCAUCCCCUUCUCCCAGAUUCCAUCCCCUUCUCCCAGAUUCCUUCCCCAUCUCCCAGAUUCCAUCCCCUUCUCCCAGAUUCCAUCCCCUUCCCCUAGAUUCUAUCCCCUUCUCCCUCAUUCCAUCCCCUUCUCCCAGAUUCCAUCCCCUUCUCCCAGAUUCCUUCCCCAUCUCCCAGAUUCCAUCCCCUUCUCCCAUAUUCCAUCCCCUUCUCCCAGAUUCCUUCCCCAUCUCCCAGAUUCCAUCCCCUUCUCUCCGAUUCCAUCCCCUUCCCCUAGAUUCCAUCCCCUUCUCCCAGAUUCUAUCCCCUUCUCCCAGAUUCUAUCCCCUUCUCCCAGAUUCCAUCCCCUUCUCCCAGAUUCCAUCCCCUUCUCCCAGAUUCCAUCCCCUUCCCCCUGA